CCCUCACAGUCCCUGCUUCGGGGGGGAGGGGGGCCUCCUGCACCUGCAUGUCUACCAGGGUACCAGCACUCCAGGACCCCCUUGUGCAGCAUCCCUGGGCUCCAUUGUGCAGAAUGCUCUGGGAAGAAGAGGAGAUGCUUCUCCUGAUCCACUGACAGCCCAGCAGAAGCAUCGUGGACUCCGAAGGAGAGGACGGAAUUCCACUCAGUUCCAAAAAUGCCUGUGAGAAGAGGGCAUGUGGCCCCACAAAACACAUUUCUGGGGACCAUUAUCAGGAAAUUUGAAGGGCAGAAUAAAAAAUUCAUUAUUGCGAACGCCAGGGUGCAGAACUGUGCAAUUAUUUACUGCAAUGACGGAUUCUGCGAAUUGACAGGAUUCUCAAGGCCCGAUGUCAUGCAGAAACCAUGCACUUGUGACUUCUUACAUGGACCGGAGACCAAAAGGCAUGACGUUGCUCAGAUAGCUCAAGCUUUGCUGGGGUCAGAAGAACGGAAAGUCGAGGUCACCUAUUAUCACAAAGACGGAUCAACGUUCAUCUGCAGCACACAUGUCAUACCAGUAAAGAACCAGGAAGGUGUAGCGAUGAUGUUCAUCAUUAAUUUUGAUCACGUGACAACGGAUGAAAGCCCAAGUUCCCCAGAUAAAUUAAGCCAAAUUCUUCCAAUCAAGGCAGAAAAUCGUAAAUUGUUUGGAUUCCGGUUACCAUCACUGAGACUUUUACAUUACAGAAAGCAGUCCUUACCGCAGGAAGAUCCCGAUGCCGUCAUAGUGGACUCGUCCAAGCACAGUGAUGACUCUAUGGCUAUGAAGCACUUUAAAUCUCCUACAAAGGAAAGUUGCAGCCCAUCAGAAGCAGAUGACACAAAAGCACUGAUCGAUUCAAACAAGUGUUCACCUUUGGUUAACAUAACUGGACCUCUGGACCAUUCUUCACCCAAACGACAAUGGGACCAGCUAUUCCCGGACACAAUGCAGGCAGGGUCUCACUUGUCUCAUUCACGGUCAAAAGAAAGCAUUUGUAGCAUGAGACGAGCAUCUUCAGUGCAGGAUAUUGAAGGAUUUAGCAUUCAUCCCAAAAGUGUUUUCAGAGACCGACAUGCAAGUGAAGACAAUGGUCGCGAUAUCAAAGGCCCUUUUAAUCAUAUCAAAUCCAGUCUUUUGGGUUCUACAUCCGAUUCAAACCUGAACAAAUACAGCACAAUCAACAAAAUUCCACAGCUCACUUUGAACUUUUCAGACAUAAAAAAUGAAAAAAAGGCGUCAUCACCUCCAUCUUCUGAAAAGGCCAUUAUAGCACCCAAGGUUAAGGAGCGAACGCACAAUGUUACGGAAAAGGUUACACAGGUCCUCUCACUGGGAGCCGAUGUCUUACCGGAAUACAAACUUCAAACACCUCGUAUCAAUAAGUUUACUAUAUUGCACUAUAGCCCAUUCAAAGCCGUAUGGGACUGGCUAAUUUUAUUGCUUGUUAUAUACACUGCCAUUUUCACACCCUACUCAGCUGCCUUCCUACUGAAUGACGUAGAGGAGCAGAAGAGGCGCGCGUGUGGAUAUUCCUGCAACCCCCUGAAUGUUGUAGACCUAAUGGUAGAUAUCAUGUUCAUAAUCGAUAUACUCAUAAACUUCCGGACCACAUACGUUAAUCAUAAUGAAGAAGUUGUCAGCGACCCUGCAAAAAUAGCGAUUCAUUACUUCAAAGGCUGGUUCCUAAUAGAUAUGGUCGCAGCAAUACCUUUCGAUCUUCUGAUUUUUGGAUCUGGCUCAGAUGAGACUACCACCCUCAUUGGACUUUUAAAGACUGCAAGGUUACUCCGUUUGGUCAGAGUUGCAAGGAAAUUGGACAGAUAUUCAGAAUAUGGUGCUGCCGUCCUAAUGCUGCUCAUGUGCAUUUUUGCAUUAAUUGCUCACUGGCUAGCUUGCAUCUGGUAUGCCAUUGGCAACGUGGAACGACCUUACUUAAUUCACAAGAUUAGUUGGCUGGAUGCUUUAGGAGAUCAAAUAAAGAAACCGUACAACUACAGCGAUCCCAGUUCUGGCCCGUCUAUCAAGGACAAGUAUGUGACAGCCCUUUACUUUACUUUCAGCAGUCUGACAAGCGUGGGCUUUGGAAAUGUGUCGCCCAACACCAACUCGGAAAAAGUAUUUUCCAUUUGUGUUAUGUUGAUCGGCUCAUUAAUGUAUGCAAGUAUUUUUGGAAAUGUGUCUGCAAUAAUCCAAAGAUUAUAUUCAGGAACUGCACGGUACCACAUGCAAAUGCUCCGAGUAAAAGAAUUCAUAAGAUUUCACCAAAUUCCCAAUCCUUUACGUCAGAGGCUUGAAGAAUACUUUCAACAUGCGUGGACCUACACCAAUGGGAUUGACAUGAAUAUGGUACUCAAGGGAUUCCCAGAAUGCCUGCAAGCAGAUAUUUGCCUGCAUCUCAAUCAAACAUUGCUACAGAACUGCAAGGCAUUCAACGGAGCGAGUAAAGGAUGUCUACGAGCCUUGGCUAUGAAGUUUAAAACCACACAUGCGCCCCCCGGAGAUACUCUCGUCCACUCAGGAGAUGUGCUCACGGCGUUGUAUUUUUUGUCAAGGGGCUCUAUUGAGAUUCUGAAAGAUGACAUAGUAGUGGCAAUUUUAGGAAAGAAUGAUAUUUUUGGAGAGAUGGUCCACCUUUAUGCCAAACCUGGAAAAUCAAACGCUGAUGUACGAGCUCUGACGUAUUGUGACAUGCACAAAAUCCAAAGAGAUGACCUUUUGGAAGUUUUGGAUAUGUAUCCAGAAUUUUCAGAUCAGUUUCUCACAAAUCUGGAGUUGACUUUUAAUUUAAGAGAUGAAAUCUCAAAGGCUGCGCUCCUAAGAUCACAAGCAGAUACUGAAUAUGAAGGAGAGAACUGCAAACUUCGAAGAAGGAAAUUGUCUUUUAAAGGAAGAUCAGAUGAAGACGUCAGUAAGGACAACAGCCAAGAGGGUUCAGACAAUUCCAUAGAUGACCUGAGAAAUUAUUCCUAUAACAAGACGAAUGCUGAGAAACGGAGAAGUGGAUCGUCUUCGUUGGCCUCUUCCAUUAAUGAGCAGAAGCCGUUGUUUGCAGAACUUGGUGGCCUUAGCUCUGCUUUCCCAAAAACUCCAGCACCUCAGUUUGAAGAAGCUGUGUGCCCUUCUGAUAAGAUCACCUUUACGAAAAGAAGCCUGUCUUACCGAGAUAUAGCGAGCCCGAGAUGCUGGGAGAAAGAAAACGUCAGGCCACAGCAGAGCAUAACCAACGCCCUGAACAACGUAGCCUGGGGGAUCAGCGAAGGUGACAACGAGCUGACGUACGGAGAAGUGGAGCACAGGUUAGAUCUGAUGCAGGAGCAGAUGAACAGGUUAGAAUCACAGAUGACCGCUGACAUCCAAGCUAUUCUACAGCUCCUGCAGAGAUCGUCCUCGCUUGUUCCUCCAGCCUACAGCAUGGUAACUGCCAAUUCAGAAUAUCAGAGGCCGCCAGUCAGACAAGUGAACAGUCAGCAUUCCCGUGCGUCUAUCAAAACAGACCGGAGCUUUUCUCCAUCAUCACAGAGCCCUGAAUUAGUGGACUUUGAAAAUCCCGCCCCAAAAUCCAAAGAAUCCAUUUCUAACACGAUUCACCUAAAUGCAGCCUCGGAGGACAACCUGACGUUGAUCCUGGAUCAAGAGCGCCAAUCUCCUCCACUAGAGUUACAGCCGAGGCAAUGCACAACAUAUCUUAACCCAAUGAGACACACAUCUCUACCAGAUUCUUCCAUGCACCACAAAGGGAACAUGUCCCUGCACAGGCAUGAGUCUGACCCUGGUCUUCCUGGAAAAUAAUCCAAAAGAGUUCAUUUUCUAAGUACCUUCAAAUUUAUUGUAAGUGCUUUUAAUGGCUGUUUUCCUCUUUGUACGUAAAAUCUUCUUUACUUUGACUCAGGGGCAAAAAAAAAAAAUGGAUAUCUAAUAUGCAAAAGUACUGUAUAUUUUGAUACAUUUGAAGCUUACUAAAGGUAUGUUUGAGAUGUCAUGAUGUGAUAUCAUGGAAAGACUGUACGCUUAAAACAUAAAACUGCCAGCAUCACGAGGCACCUUAUAUUUUUUUAUUUUUUAACACUUGCAUGUU